AGUCAGGUUGGCCGGAGUCGGAGCGAGUGCCGUCAGUGGAGCCGCUAGCCUGGUGUGGUGUGGAGUGCCUCGUUCUCGCGCGGCCGCGCCGUUUCGUUUCGCUGACAGAUAACGCGCGCGAGACUUGGACGCUCCCGUCCAAGAUCGAUCGGGCCGCACAAAGGAGAUCGUAGAGAGUCGCGGCGCCAGUCGAUCUCGCGUCUCGCGAGUCAAAUCGUCACGGCCGUGCGCGUCGUGCUGUCACCGUGCGGUCAUCAGUGCGAUGGAAAGACUCAUUUCUCUCUCGCUCUCUCUCUCAACCCGCGAGUGAUUUUUUUUUCCUUUCAAACGGACACGAGACCGUAUAGUCCGUUGGAAAUCUGCCGCGCGACCCCAAUCAGGUUAAAAGGCUCUCUCUCUCUCUCUCUUUCUCUCUCUCUUGAAGGCCCGAUUUACCGUUUGUUGUCGCGAAACGUACAUACGCGAAAGCAUUUUCAUCCGCUGCGGAUCGGUUCGCUUGCUUUCAGGACACUUGUCGAUAAUCCGUAUGUACAUACGUGGAUAUAGAGUCCCGUGUGUUUCUCGGAUGCCUCGCGUGUCACGUCUCUCAAUACCAGCUUACGCGUUAUAUUCUCUCGCCAUGCUAAAAGUGUGCUGAAAAGACCGCUUCUCGUGACGAAUGUGACGACGCAGGAAGAUGCAGAUAGUGCGGAAUCAUCAUCGUGGUGGAUGAAACAAGUGAUCAGCUAGGAAGGAACGUGUGCGCGGUUACAUUACGAGAGAUUUACUCCGUGAUGGCAAGAACUAGCACGUUAUCCUUACACGAUGCCGCUCCCAGGCGAGUUAGCGGAAUACUGUGGAACCGGAGGCUGUGUUAAGAGUGCGUUAACACGCACAGUGAUAUUCGGCGCGGAGAAAGGAUCUAGUUUCGUGACGGACCGGUUUGCCGUAUGGUUCAAUAGACGAUAACGGGUGUUGUGUUGAGUGCGUUACCAUUGUGUUCAUAUAUUCAUUUCACGGAAAAUUGCCAUACUCGUCGUUACGUUUUCGAGUUGUGCACCUUGUGUCGUACGUUGUGAGAAGGAAGCGGGAAGAAAGGGAAGAAGAUAAAAGAAAGAGAAAAGAGAAAGGAAUGUCGCAGGCGACCUUUCACACUCGAAUAUCAAUGUUACCGAGUCAAGCGUCGUACGUUUGUGACUCUUUGAACGGGAAAAAAGGGGAACUAAAAUCGAGCGAGUGAAAGAGAACCGUUUCGUGUCGAAUCGUAUCAUGACAAAACACGAGAUUAAACGCGAGAUGGAUGGAUAAUAAGAGAGGAGGAAGCCGAGUAAAAAUAUAUUAAAAAUACCGGAAGUGUUUGAAGAGGAAUAAGAGGACGAAAAACGCGUUUCGAAAGGGAGCAAGAAAGAAAAUCCAGGCGAGAAGAUCAUAUUGUGAAACGAAGAGGUUUCUUGCAUAGUGGCAACUGCGGAGACUAAUGCUCAGGAUCGUAUAAUGGCCGAGGCCCCGUCCGACCCGAGACCCGUGAGCGUCGUUGCCGUCGAUGGUGCCGCUGUGGAUAAUGUAAGGAGCAACGCAAACCAAAUGCAGGAAGCACGAGACAAUGCUCGGUCCUUCACUUCGACAGAGGCGCAGACAGAGUUGGCCCUCCAGAACGGGCCGACCACGGCGAACCAGAUCGAGGAAGUUUCCAACGGCAUCCGAGACGCGCGUAGACGAGAACGACGGAUACGCAGACAGCAUCGUCGUGCUCUGAGAUCCUGCUCCAUACCGACGUAUCCCGCCGCCACACCAGGUUGCCAGACAGCUUCAACCGCACCAGGAGUGCCACUAGUGCCACCCGCUAGAGGUUUCCUUCACCCUCCGCCCCCGCACUUGAAUCUCAGAGGUCUCAGCCUCGGUUUGCCCUUCCCUGUACCUACUAGCGUGUCCGCCUUCGGCAGGGACACGGUACCAAAACAGUGUUGCGGUUUGGGUUCCCCGCCAGUACGCUGGUCUAUAUUGGGUGUCGGCUUUGUAGGUCUAGUCUGCGCCGGUGCAGGCACUCUCCUUGGCGCUCUCAAAGCUUCUGGUCGUGAUCAUCUUUUAGGAAUAUUUAUGUCCGGUAUAGGAGUGCUUCUGGUAUUGGUGAGUGCAGUGGCGUGGCGACUAACUAAUCAAGAUUAUUGUGGCAGUUUAUUUGGAUUCACAAGCAUUUCUAGUAGAAUACCACCUGCGAGACCAAUACAUCCGUAUGCUGCUAUGAUCUAUCCGGAAUUUCAAUUUAGAACGCCGCCACCAAGUUAUCAAGCUAGUAUGCAAGAAUAUAGACUUCGAUUAUUGUUAUUGGACCGAUUGCAGCCCACAUCGUCGCCGCCACCGACUUACAGAUCAAAUGCGGGAAGUAUCAUGGCUCCUGGUACAGCAAGAGAGAGUCGACCGCCGAGUUAUUGCGCGGAGUCCAAUGUCGCGCCUAAUAUUACUUUAGUGUCCUCGAAGAAGGACGCAAAUCUCGUUAGGAUUGUCCAAACUGAAUCUGAACCGGUUAUUCUCAGUGGCGAUCAAACGCCGCCGGUAGCUGCUGUUGAAGUACUGGCGCAUCUUUAGUUUAAACAAAUUAUAAUUUAUGCUUGGCCAUUUUUUUCGAAGUUUAAAGCGAUGAUGUACCUAAAGUAGACAACAGGGUGUUUACUGAAUUCUAUAAAAAAAUGUCAUUAGAAUUCCUGGAUUUUCCAGGUAUUUUUAUUCAAGCAAGAUUGGAGAAUUUUAUAACUGCAACUUUGAAAUAAAUUGCAAGCAGUGCAAACAAAUUGUAUAUUAUAAAUUCGUACAAGACAGGGAUUUCGUGAGAUUAUCCUUUUUUACAAUUGGUACGUGAGAAAUCUAUAGGAUAGACUUACUACAAUAUGGUAUCAAUGAGCUACUCUCUUCUGUAUCUCUCUCUUAUAUAUUGUCUUCUAUAACCACUCUGAUUUUUUGAAAGAAAAAUUCGACAUGAGAAUGUAUAUGAAUAUACGUGAAUGUGUAUGCCAUACUUAUUGCAUAUUGAUUGUCAACAUUUUACAUCAUUAAAAAAAAAAAAAAUGAAAAAAACAAUGUUUUCAAAAAAAGAAUUUAAAUUUAAAUAAAAUUCUAAAAAUUUCUCUGAAUACUAAUAAAAUUCCAUGAAAAUUCUCGAUUUUUAUGGAUAAAAAAGAAAUCCCUUAAAAAUUUGCAGAUAGUAAACACUCUGUAGAUAGCGUUAUUAUGUAAAUUACUUUUUUUAAUAUAAGACGAAGAUAAAGUUUACAGACGCCAUGUAUGCCUUUGCACUUCAAUUCUCAGAUUGAAUGCAUCAUAUCGCACCUUGUUUCAAAAGGGACGCGAUUUAAAAAAUGAUAAAAAAUUAAAUUUCUCAGAAAAGGGGAGAAAACUCUUUUUCAAUUUGACAGAAAAUUUACUAAUCAAAUAAUAUCGGCAAAAUUCUUAAAAACAUUAAAAAAUCAUUUUUGUCAUUCUUCACUUUGUUUUUUAUUUUCGAACGCAGUCUUUAAAAAAUUACCUUUUUUGAAUUAUGAUAAUUUUGAUAUCUUUAUGAAGUUCAGUUAGUUCACUUUUGAUGAUUGAUAGAAUAAUGUUUACUAACUACUUGUUUAUGGUAACAAUUAGGGUAACAAUUGUUAUUUUUGAAGAUUCAAAUUAACUUCGAAGUUUCGAAAAAUAUAUUCAUGUACUAUUAUUAUUAGCUAUAUUAAAUUAAUAAUUUUGACUCUUCAAAGAUUGAAGUAUCGAAGUUUUAAAGUUCAAAUGUCUAAGCCUUCGAAACAAAUCAUUUUAAUAAUAACUCAUCGUUUUCGAAAAUCAUCGUUUUUCAAGUUGCGUCAUUUUUAAAGCAAGAGUGCGAUAUGUAGAUAUUCAUUUAUUAUGAUUCGCGCAGCUGUGUACAGUCGGGUAGACAAUGUAUAUAAGUCUACAUAUAAUACUUGAAGAAAUUCUUUGAUUAUUAGUUGAGGAUAAUUUUAUUUAUUUUAAUAUAUAUUA